AUGGCGGCCCGGCCGUAUGGAUGGCUUGGCGCGGCGUUUGGGCUGCGACUGCUGCUGGCGACAGUGCUUCAAACGGUCUCUGCGCUGGGAGCAGAGUUUUCCUCAGAGUCUUGCCCGGAGUUGGGUUUCUCCAGCAACUUGCUCUGCAGCUCCUGUGACUUGCUUGGACAGUUCAGCCUUCUGCAGCUGGACCCUGACUGUAGAGGGUGCUGUCAGGAGGAAGCACAAUUUGAAACUAAAAAGCUGUAUGCAGGAGCUAUUCUUGAAGUCUGUGGAUGA